GCGAAAAUUAGGCGCAAGCCUCGUAAAGUUAUCUGAAACUCCCUGUAUAUAUCUAUUUUUUUAUAUUUUGGGGGUUGAGUUAAGUAACCUUCAGCUAGACUUCGCCCCACAGAGUUUGUAUUUUAUUUAUUUGUUUUUUCUAAUAAAGGUCUAUUAUUAUUACUAUUAUUAAUAAAAAAACAGAUUUCAAACAAAACUUGUACAUAGGAUCCAUAGAUGUCGCCCGGCCGCGCCUGCCACGUUGGUUGCCUAACCAGUUUAUUUUUUUCUGUCAAUAUGUCUUCAUGUUUGGCAUUUCCACAUUCUAAAUGAUCGAAAGUGGACGUUCUCUCACAAAAUGUUGAAAACUUUGUCACUGCUGCGUUCGGUGUGAUGAAUAAUGAAGAAUUUGAAAAGCGUGUCGGUGCAAGUGAUUGACAGCGACAUAGCCUUGCUGUUGCCGAAUGGUGUGUAUGAGAUAAAACAAAUGGAGCCAAAAUCUUCCAGGUUGAGACGAAUAGGGAUUUUCUGCGUGGCUCUCGCCCUCUUCGGCAUCGUCGGCUUCGGCUACUUCUGUCCAGACAAAGUUUGUGCCCUUAGCAAUAAAGAAGCCUCCAUAUCAUUAGAAGACAACUUCGGGAAGUCGCUCUCUCAAGCCAGUAGCAAAGUAGGUUUAAGUUAUGAGGAUAUGUUGAAUGACGAUUUUUUCGACAUGGACUCACACGACGUCAUGGUGUUCCUCCACAUGCAGAAGACUGGUGGCACGUCCUUCGGCAAGCACCUCGUGCACGACCUUGACUUGAAACGUCCGUGCACCUGUCCUUUGACCCGGAAACGUUGCUACUGCUUCCGUCCGCAUUCCAACCAAUCGUGGCUCUUCAGUCGCUACACCACCGGCUGGAAAUGCGGCCUCCACGCCGACUGGACCGAACUGACCAGUUGCGUGGACGAAAAACUCGACGAACUCGAAGGCAACGUCGUCAAACGUCGCUAUUUCUACAUCACCCUCCUGCGAGAGCCGGUCGCCCGAUACUUGAGCGAAUUUCGUCACGUGCAACGUGGCGCCACCUGGAAGGGCUCUCGACACUUCUGCAGAGGUCGUCCCGCCACCGACGAGGAAAUCCCCCCAUGCUACGACGGCCCGGAUUGGGGCGGCGUCGCCCUCGACGAGUUCAUCAACUGCGAGAGCAAUCUAGCGGUGAAUCGACAAACUCGGAUGUUGGCCGAUCUCGAAUUGGUGGGUUGUUACGAUAGGAAUUACAUGUCAAAGGCGGAUAGAGAUAGGACAAUGUUAAUAAGCGCGAAAAAGAAUCUCGAAUCGAUGGCGUUUUUCGGUCUCACUGAGUACCAAAAAAUGUCGCAGUAUAUUUUCGAAGAGACGUUUAAUUUGAGAUUUGCUGUGCCAUUCGAGCAAAACAAUGCAACCGUUUCGAGUUCGACAAUGACGACUUUGACGGCCGAACAAGCAACUAAAAUCGAAGCGUUGAAUAGUCUCGAUAUCGAAUUGUAUAAAUACGCCAAAGAGUUGUUAUUUAAACGAUUUGAUAGGUUGAGGGCGAGAGAUAGCGAUUUUGAUAAGAGGUAUAGCCAUUUGGGGGAGUUGACGGCUAGGAGUGGUGUCACCGAAUUCGAUUGGGAUAGGCUAGUCGAAGAUGUGACCGUUUCGCAAUAGGGGUGAUUAUUUUUGGGACACUCUGUAUACAGAGCACGUGGUUUGUUUGGGGAAAUGCGGUCAUCACUGGACGAUAAAAUAUGACCCUGACUGAUUUAACCAUAAUUGGACAUUUUUAUAUUUCCGAUAUUAGUUUAGAUAAGAUAAAAAAAUUAAAUUAGAAAAGUAGGUAAACAAGUAGGGAUUUUUUUUAUCGUCACUGAAUGACCGCUUCUCGGCUAUCAUGCCAGCGACGCGACAAUAAAGUGACAAACGGAAAUAGAAAUACCGAACAAAGGACCGUUUUCUAUUCUAAAAUUAGCUUGACACGUUCAAUUGCCACAAAACCGUCUUCAAAUUUGCAAAAUGCAAGCCCCACACACACAACACCAUCACCAGUGAUCCAAAAAUCACUUGUUUUAGUCUCAUUUGUAACACUGCCUUUUUUAGUUAAGAUUAGAUUUUAUUAAUGCCAAAGACAAAUAUUCUAGAUGCAGCUAACUUAUUUUUAGGAUUAUUUUAGUCGUUUAGUGCAAUUGUAAUUUCAACCAUUAAAUUAAUGACAGGGUUAAGUAAUUGAACUGAUGCCGUAAUUUUUUAAGACAAUCUGGUGCCCUAUUAUUGUGAUUAUUGUUAUAUUUUGUGUCGUGCAGUUUUCAAUACUGUGUAUUGCAUUUAUUUUAAAUUUUAGAUUUUAAUGAUAUUAUUACGAACAUAUCGACUCCUUAUUGUCAUCUCAUUUAAUUUGACUGAUUUCGUAUAGUUUCUAGUACUUAGUUUUUACCGAAUUAGUUUAAAACUCCUGUAACAUAUAUUUAGGUGCAUAUAUCAUACGAGUACGUACAAAAAAUAUAUACUUUUUACAAGAA